GGAAAAAAAAGAUCAGCAGAGAUUUUGAAAUUCCCCGUAAAAUCAAGAUCAAAACCCAAACUUUUUUCAAAUCUAUGUAGAAGUUACUCCCUUUCCCACCUUUCCUUGCGUUCCAUGGACACCCCUUCUUCUUCUCCACCUUCUCUACAACUCCUCGCCGCCAAACCUUGCGUUCUCAGCGAUCAAGCCAACACCGUAGACCAUGAAAACGCCGCCACCGCCACCACUACCACCACCACCACCGUCAAUGACAACCCCAACCCUUCAAAUCCAACGGUCCGAAACCUCUCUCCGUCUGAUGAAAGACCGGCAAAACCCAUCUGCAGGAACAUAAAGAAGACGAAGAGAAAGGGAUUAAAAGAUGCAGCUGCAGCGCCAUCUUCGUCUUGUGGUUCAACUUCUUCGGGUUCAUCAUUCAGGGGAACACGCGUGGCGGGCAAGCGCCGAAGCCCUAAAAUGGUUUUCACUGCGCCUCCAAGAAACCCUGAUGCCGAUGAGAUCGCGUUCCGUUUGGGAAUGUCAAUUGCAGCUUUUGUUGCCCAGAUUCUGGAAAGAAAUGGCGAGGUAGGUGGAGGGAUGUCUUCUGAUCAUCUUGCUAAGAUAUGUGCUUCAGCUGUCAGAGAAUCUUUAGCCAAUGUUUUCGGGAACACAUGUGAUUGUUUUAUCCAAAACUUUGAAAAAUCAUUUGGGAGUACCUUGAGGACUCUAAAAUCGAUCAAGGAAUCAUCUACAAAUAACAGGGGAUGUCUCUCGAGCCACCAAAACAUGGAAGGGUCUUCUCUACAUGUGACUCGUGAUGAACAAGAUGGUGCAAGCAGCUCUGAUAUAGAAGAUUGUCACUCAAAAGCAAUGUCCCACACUGAUGCAACCCAGGGUCAAUUAAAUUAUAGAGAUGAAUUAAAUCGGAGUAUGUUAACAAGUUCUCUUAAUCUGGAGCUUGCUCUGCAUGGGCAAACAAACCAGUUGACUUAUAUUCCUCCAAGAACAUCUGAAUCUGGAGCCAACCAGUCCAUGCUUAGAACUAUUCGGAAGUCUGUCAUAGAGCAAGCCCGUGCUAACGACCUUAAAACAUUGGAGCUUAAUCUUACAAUGCAGAGACUAAAGUUGAAAGAGACACAGCUAUCUCUCAACUAUGAUUCAAAUCAACUGCAGAGAUCAAAAUUUUCUAUGGACAUAUCAAAAGCAUCCUUCAAAGCUGAAAAGUUUAAGAGUCAAUUAGAAGAUACAAGACAUGCUGAGCUGCUUAAAAAGUGCAUUGACUGUCUAGUUGCUGGUUUGCUUGUCAUGAUUGCAUCCCUGAUAUAUGGUGCUUAUGUGUAUUCGUACAAAAGACUUACUGAAGCUACUGCAUCCUGUACACCUUCAACAAAGGAGUCAAAGUCUUGGCUGAGCUGGGAAGCCUGAAUGACAUCUUUCAAUUCAGGGUUUCAUGUUCUAAGGUGCAAGGUUGAAGUUGUGAGCCGAAUGCUAUUUGGUGUCUUAGUGAUUCUUGCAAUUGCUUUUUUGCUCCUCCAGCGCUCUGCAACUGCAAAACAGAUAAUGCCAGUAACUUUCAUAAUCUUGCUACUGGGAAUUGUGUGUGGUUUUUUUGGCAAGCUUUGUGUAGACACAUUGGGAGGGAGUGGGUAUCAUUGGCUUAUAUAUUGGGAGACUCUUUGCAUGCUGCAUUUCUUCUGUAAUGUAUGCACAUCUGCUUUGUUUUUUAUCCUCCAUGGACCGAUCGACGUGUCUCAAGGAACAAAAGGAAAUACAAUAUUUCCAUACUGGAUUCGGCGGGUGGUGUUUUAUGGUACUUCAUUUCUGUUUCUGCCACUCUUUUGUGGCCUCGUGCCUUUCGCAAGUGUUGGUGAAUGGAAACAUCAUUUCCUGCUGCUGGUCACUGAUCUUGGUUACUGGUGACGAAAGCUGGUUUCUGGAGUACUGAGAGGAGCUGCUUCCUUUUUUCUCAACAAGAUAGCUUUUGCCUUUCAGCAUAACUUAGUCUGUACAUUAUGUCAAGCUGUUGUAUCUGGCCCAAACAACUCAGCUGGCAUUGUAAUAGUAUCUGAUGUAUGUGUAAUUCAAGGGAAAGGCACAUUUUGUGCUAUUAUCAUUUCUGGUCCAGUGAAAUUAAGGGAGUGCUGGCUGGGAAGUAUUGAUGUGUAUUAUCAUAUGAUUUGCUGCCUGCCGAUGUUUUAUGGGGUCAUAUAUUACAUGGAUGAAUGUUUUGGGCACAAUUCUGA